CCGUAGCAAGACAUGACACAGCAAAACGCAGCCUAACGCGCCGUUACAUUAGGAAUAACUUGAUAAAAAAAUAUGACAAAUGUGUGUUUCUAAUCACAAGUACAGGUUAAUUAUUUAUAGAACCAUACUGGUAUUUUUUAAAAAUAUAUUUAGAAAAACAAAACUUGUGACGCUCCAGCAUAUAGGUGGCGGUAAUUGAUCCGAUGGCUCGUUUGUUAACUGUGACAAAACCAAAAGGGAGAAAUUUAAGCAUCCUCCCACAGAUGUCGCUGCAUCUCCCUGACAUCCAGCCACAACAAGACGUCCUCAUAUCUGCGCACUGCUCUCCUCCGCUCAGAGCAGGACGUGUCUUCACUGUAAUGUUCGAGAAGCUUCGUCGUUUACAUUCAGGGAGGCUGCUUUAAAGUGACUUUAACUUGUGUCGGACAGGCUUCAUCCAGGACGAUGCGCUCUAUGUGUACGCUCGUAAUGUCUGUGGCUCAGUGGAAACUGUGGUGGUGACCAAGUUGGACCGCCUGCCUCCAGUGAGGAGAAGAUGGGGGGCGCGACCUCCUGCUGCUUUUGUGUCAGCCCCAAGAUAAGCAGAAACCCUCACUCUAGACUGGACUCUUACCACCAGGGGUCAGACCUGAGCAGAGAGGACACUGACUAUUACCUGCAGCACAUCAGCGACAGAGAAAAUGCUGAUGAGCUCACUAUGGAGUUCAAUCCAUCGGACCACCCCAGGACCAGCACCAUAUUCCUCACUAAAUCCCAGCAUGGGCACAACAGGAGAAAGAGUCUGAUGAUCAACUAUGUAAGGAUUGGUCGACUGAGUCGGAAGUACAGUUCCUGCUCCACCAUCUUUCUGGACAACAACACCGUCAGCCAGCCCAACCUCAAAUACACUGUCAAGUGUGUAGCACUGGCCAUUUACUACCAUAUAAAGAACAGACACAACGAUGGAGGAAUACUGCUGGAUAUAUUUGACGAGAAGCUCCACCCACUCUCUAAGUCGGGAGUUCCGCCCGACUACGACCAGCAGGACCCAGAAAAACGACAGAUCUAUCGUUUUGUCAGGACUCUGUUCAGCGCUGCUCAGCUCACCGCUGAGUGUGCCAUCGUCACACUGGUCUACGUGGAGAGACUGCUGACCUAUGCUGAGAUUGACAUCUGUCCAGGAAACUGGAAGAGAAUUGUUCUGGGCGCCAUCCUGCUGGCCUCCAAGGUCUGGGACGACCAGGCCGUCUGGAAUGUGGACUACUGCCAGAUCCUGAAGAACAUCACUGUAGAAGACAUGAACGAGCUGGAACGUUAUUUCCUGGAGCUGCUGCAGUUCAACAUCAACGUGCCGUCCAGUGUCUACGCCAAGUAUUACUUUGACCUGCGGUCGCUUUCUGAGUCCAACAACCUCAGUGGACCACUCGAGCUGCUCAGCAGGGACAAGGCCCAGAAACUUGAGGCCAUGUCCAGGUUAUGUGAUGACAAAUACAAAGAUCUACGCAGAGCAGCCAGGAAACGCUCCGCCAGCGUGGACGGCCUGUGUGGAAUCGCCUGGGUUCCUGCGAUUCUCUCCUGACCUACAGUAUUACACACAGCACUGCCUUCGUCUGAACACUGGAGACAACCACUGUUCUCUCUCAGGAUUUCAGCACAUCACCUCUCUGGUGAAAUGAAAGGAUUUCUAAGUUACCUUGUUGCUGCCACGGUGCCUUGAUUCAACGGUAAA